UCUCUAGCCGGAUUCCCUUUAUUUUUUAUAUUAAAAAAAGAUAAAAAAAUAAGACUUAUUAUUAAUUAUAAAAGACUUAACGAAAUUACGAAAAAGAAUUACUACCCCUUACUACUUAUUACUAAGCUUAGAAAUCUAUUUUAUAGAGCUAACUAG